AUGGCGCCCACCCUGGCCACUGCCCAUCGGCGCCGCUGGUGGAUGGCCUGCACAGCCGUGCUGGAGAAUCUCCUCUUCUCGGCAGUCCUCUUGGGCUGGGGCUCGCUGCUCAUCAUGCUCAAGUCGGAGGGCUUUUACUCGUACCUGUGUACGGAGUCAGAGAUGGUCAGCAACGGCACAGUUGGGGGCACAGCCGAGCCGGAGCACGAGGAGAUGAGCUUGAUGAAUGGCUGGCUCAGCUGCAAGGCCCAGGAUGAGAUGCUAAACUUGGCCUUCACCGUAGGCUCCUUCCUGCUUAGUGCCAUCACCCUGCCUCUAGGCAUCGUCAUGGACAAAUACGGCCCAAGGAAACUCAGGCUGCUGGGCAGUGCCUGUUUUGCUGUCUCCUGUUUGCUGAUUGCAUAUGGAGCAAGUAACCCAAACUCUCUUUCUGUGCUCAUCUUCGUUUCCCUGGCCCUGAAUGGCUUUGGUGGGAUGUGCAUGACUUUCACCUCAUUAACACUACCCAACAUGUUUGGUGACCUUCGCUCCACGUUUAUUGCCUUGAUGAUUGGAUCCUAUGCCUCCUCAGCAGUCACCUUCCCGGGAAUCAAGGUCAUCUACGACUUUGGUGUCUCCUUCAUUAUCAUCCUUGUGGUCUGGGCCAGCUGCUCUGGAUUGGUUUUCCUCAACUGCUUCUUUAACUGGCCCCUGGAGCCUUUCCCGGGGCCGGAGGACAUGGACUACUCGGUGAAGAUCAAGUUCAGCUGGCUGGGCUUUGACCACAAGAUCACAGGGAAGCAGUUCUACAAGCAGGUGACCACAGUGGGGCGGCGCCUCAGCGUGGGUAGCUCCAUGAGGAGCGCCAAGGAGCAAGCGGCACUGCAGGAGGGCCAUAAGCUGUGCCUGUCUACCAUUGACCUGGAGGUGAAGUGCAAGCCAGACGCUGCAGCGGCCCCCUCCUUCAUGCACAGUGUGUUCAGCCCCAUAUUGCUACUCAGCCUCGUCACCAUGUGCAUCACACAGCUGAGGCUCAUCUUCUACAUGGGCGCCAUGAACAAUAUUCUCAAGUUCCUGGUCAGCGGGGAUCAGGAUGUAGUUGGCCUCUACACCUCCAUCUUCGGUGUGCUCCAGCUGCUCUGCCUGCUGACAGCUCCUGUCAUUGGCUACAUCAUGGACUGGAGGCUGAAGGAGUGUGAAGAUGCCUCUGAGGAGCCUGAAGAGAAAGAUGCCAACCAAGGUGAGAAGAAGAAGAAGCGAGACCGACAGAUCCAGAAAGUCACCAAUGCCAUGCGAGCGUUUGCCUUCACAAACCUGCUGCUUGUGGGCUUUGGGGUGACCUGCCUCAUUCCCAACCUGCCUCUACAGAUUCUCUCCUUUAUCCUGCACACGAUUGUGCGAGGAUUCAUCCACUCUGCUGUUGGGGGCCUGUACGCUGCCGUGUACCCCUCCACCCAGUUUGGCAGCCUCACAGGACUGCAGUCGCUGGUCAGUGCACUCUUCGCUCUCCUGCAGCAACCCCUGUUUCUGGCCAUGAUGGGUCCCCUCCAAGGAGACCCUCUCUGGGUGAAUGUGGGGCUACUUGGCCUGAGCAUGCUGGGGUUCUGCCUCCCCCUCUACCUCAUCUGCUACCGGCGCCAGCUGGAGAGGCAGCUGCAGCAGAAGAGGGAGGAUGACAAGCUUUUCCUCAAGCUGAAUGGCUCAUCCAACCGGGAAGCUUUUGUGUAGUGCCCACCACCUCAGAACUGUGGCCUGCCCUCGCUUCAGUGACUCACCAGUGUCCUUCUCUCCAUCCCAGAGGACCUCCGUGCACCCUCAGGAUCCUCUCCUUCACAUUUUUGGAGUCCACGCUCCUUCCCAGGGCCCUGGUCCUGCCUUGGAGCUCUGCUGUGGAAGAAUGGGAGAGGGCCCGGAUGUUCAAUUUUCCUACUGCUGGAAGCAAAGGCAGCCUUGGGCUUUGCUCUGCCAUCCUCGGGGGGACCCUGGGGUCCUGAGGCUCUGUGGUGCCUGCAGGGGGAGCAAGGAGGGCCCCCAGCAGGCAGGCUCUCUCCCUUAAGUGUCUGGAUUCUGCCUCUUGCCAAAGCAGAGGGGUCUGCCAUCUAUUGCCUGCCAACUACCCCUCGGUUGCAUGACCACUGGCCACACCUGCCCAAGGACAAAGGCUUGCGCUGCCUGCACCCCCUUGCCUGGCCCCUCGACCUCCUCCCUUGGUCAGUCUGAGGCUGCCUGAGGAAGGAAGGACCCGCUUCCUGUUGUUGGUGCUAACUCCUUUGUAAUUCCAGCCCCCUGUAGCCUGUCUAUGACCUGUCCUGCUGUUAUAGGCCUGUGGAGAAGCCCCCCUUGUUUAAAGCCUGGGGAGAGGAUGGAGGGCUGGAUAGUCAGGCAUGGCUUAGAAGCCAAGGACAAGGCUGCUUCGUAGUCCCUCACCUCCUCCCUCAGGGAGAAGAGCAAGUUUCCACUGCCACCCUCCAUCCAGUCUGUGACCUGAAGGGAAUUAAAACCACACCAACAGGGCACCCCCUCCACACACAGCUGUCUUUAUGGGGGUGGCAGUCAGGCUGUUGCUGACAGAGAGGUCCUGGCCUGACUGGGGAGAUGGAUUGUGAGGGGCUGUGUGUACAUGUGGGAUGUGUGACCAUGUGAUGUAUGUGAGAGAUGUGUGUGGGGUGGUGCUGAGGUGUGGGCUCUGGGUGUCUGCCCUCAUCAUUCUGGGGCCCCCACACAGCAGCCAGUCAGACCUGCUAUAGGCCCAAGGGCCGGGGAGGCCGCAAGGCUCUGGGCCUGGAGCUGGUCUGAGGCUGUGGGGCCACAGCGACCCCUGCUGGCAGGCUCCUCCAGGGCCCUGGAGCUAUUUACGUGAGAGGCCACUCCUCUGCCAGGCUGGCCUGGCAUUCCAGCCACCCACCUGACUGCCCCCAGAAAUGUGUCUGAGAAUUCCUGGGAGUGCUCAGCAGGGUGGGUUGAUUUUUAGAUUUAUACUUUUUGGGUCUUUUUAGUUUUACCAGACUCCUUUUUGUAAAGCAAUAAAUCCAUUUUCCUCCUGAUAAGGGAUCCCCCUGCUAGCAUUUCAGUUAAUGGCUACAUAUGCCUGUCUUGAGCUUGCGAAGAGGCAAGACAAGGUUUUCUGCCAUACCCAGCAGUUCCCCAUCUGACUGCCAUCUUAGGAGCUGCAGUGGGCCAAGAAAAUAUCUUACUCUCCUGCCUUGCCCCCAAACAAACUGGGCUUGGCAGACAUCUUAGAAGUGUGGGCCCACCCCUCCUCUGCUGUUUAUCCCAGCCAAACCGUGAAUCCUGACCCCUCCCAUCCUGUACUCAGAUUUCCUACCCCUACUCAGGGUUCCUCCUGAGCUGAGGACACAGAGUGACACCAAGAGAGUCUCAGAGACGAGGCAGAAUGCGGUGAGGGGAACUGGUGAACAGGAAGGGGCAGACCCAGACCCAAAUUUGAGCUCUGCAUGAACAGUUGAGCACCUUGAACACACCUAAUUUUCCUAGGCUUCAUUCCAGUCCACUCAAACAUUUAAACAAACAAACAAACAAACAAAUUCCUUAAGACAAAUAUUUUUUAUUUAAAAGGAGAGAGAACUAGAUCAACAUUUCCCAAAUCCUUCCUCAGAACACUAGUUCUAUGAGAUGUUAAUUCUAAUUGGAAAAAAAAAAAAAACUUUAAUGGUAAGGGCUGCCUGGCUGGCUCAAUCAGUAGAACUUAUGACUCAGGGUUGUGGUUGUGAGUUCAAGCCCCAUGUUGGGCAUAGAACUUAAGAGAAAAAAGAAAAUGGCCAAAUUUGGGAAAUGCAGAGAGAAAGUCAAGUGUGUUUUCUUACAGCAGGUACCUGAUGCACUUUUGUCAUGUUCAUGGACAUGUGGCUUCCCAAGACCAGGUGUGGUAUGCUGCAGAGCACUAGUUUUAGUGGUCAGAGCUGUCUGUCCUCAUGUGUGCCCAGUGACCACCCGCAGCAGGCACUCCUCUGGUGCUUGUUAAAAGUGUAAACGCCAGGUGUUGCCUCUGGCCUAGAGGAAAUGAGCAGUCUGUUUUGCUAAGCCCCAUCUGGUGAUUCUGGUGCCCCCAAAAAGUCUGCUCUGACUGUAGGGAAUUGAUGGAUUACAUAUUUUCCUGUUGUCAUCCUUGAAUCAUAAAAACCCAGGAGUUAGAUACUAUCCCUAUCUUAUAGCCAGAAAGCUGGAGGCCCAAGGGCUAUCAUAACUUGCUCAAGGUUAGAGCCAGAGGAGUGCAGUUUGGGGAAGUGCCAAUAGCAAGAGUUAGCAAGGGCCCUUCCAGGUGGGAAAAUGCAUUGAGGUUGUACAUUCAGGGCCUGUGCUGUCUCCAGCAGCACUCAGGGCCAGCCAAAGGGAGUUGCUGCCACCUGUCUCUCCCACCCACUGGCAGGACAUGGAGACUGUGGGAAGAAACAGGCAUUGAGAAAUGAGUUCAGGGUGGAGCAGUUCCAGGUGGGUCAGGUACCUAUGUCCCCACCCCCUUGUCGGGGGCCAGGCAUUCUGCUCUGCACAGAGUUGAUGGGUUACAUACUUUCCUAUUAUCAUCCUUGAAUCAUGAUAACCCAGGAGUUAGAUACUAUCCGUAUUUUAUAGCUGGAAAACUCGAGGCCCAGAGGGUGUAGUAACUUGCUCAAGGUUAGAGCUGGUACUCCUCUAUGCCUCUGAAGUCAUUAGAGCAUCCAAGGCCCUCCAGACCAGGACAUUCCAUUCAGAGCAUCAAUCAGCCUCAGGGCCCAACAGGCUAUGGGAGCAGGGCAGCACCGGCCCAGGAAAGGGAAGCAAAAAGCCAGGCAUGUUCUCUAUUUGUUGGAGCCAAGAGCUUCCCCAGACCGGGGAUUAAGCAUAGAGUAAUGUUGGCUGAUAGGUACUUGGGGGAGCAAAUGUCUGUCACCUCAACCCUGAGAGGAAUUCCCUGAGGGGGAAAGGACCAGGGGCUGGUCAAGAGGCAGAGGGCACCAAGUGGCCACAGAUCUCUGUCUCUGUUACCCCUUCCCCCAUGCUUCAGGUUUCUGGUGGGAAGGGGCCAGAAGUGAUACCUGGCCAGAGUGAGGGAUGGGUUGGACCACCCUAGGAGCAUUGCCAGGAGUCCCCUCCUCUCUAGUCUCCUUGGACUCCUGUCCAGGAAUCUUGUCAUUCCUUUGUAGUUGGCUUCCUCCAAACCCUCCUGGGGGAAGGUUCCAGCCAUCCUCAUUGUUGCCCUGGACUAUGUCUGAUGGCCUGGGCCCCCCGGACUCUGAAAUGGGGACAUACUUGGCGUGGGGGUACAUAUGCAGGACCGCCACAGGCAGUAGCAUGAAUACAUUCAGCCCAGUGGGGUUUCUGAUGCACUUGGAUGAUAGCCUAUGAGAGUAUGGAACGGGGGAUGGGGGAUGCAGACAAGCGGUUGGCCCUCUGUGGUGAGGGGCCCCCAGCAGAGAGCUCUGAGAAUCCUCUCUACAGGAUUGGGCUUCCAGGGCUAUUUAAGCACCAGCUCCCUUUCCCUCUGAAGGAGAACACAAUAGCUUCUCAUGGUUCUUGGGGUGGUGAGGUGCCUUAUCUGUUCCAAUUAUCAGGGGCCCAACUCAAGGGUCAGAGCCCAUUUUCUUCAAAAUAAAUGGUGGGAUUAUGAGGAUUUGGAGCCCAGGACCCCCAAAGUGAAAGAGUUGGUUUUCCAUAGGCUGCAGCACCCCCAGCCCUAGAAUUGGGGGUAAUCAGUGUGAAAAGGUGGGCUCUGUGAACCUGUUGCCACCCAUGUUCUAACUCACCCAAAGCCUGGGGUGAGGAUGCUGUGUCAUGAAGGAAGUGCAGCAUUGUCUAUGUGGGUGGCCUGCCAUAGGGUGAGGCUCUCUGUACACAGGGAGCUACUGCCUGUGUCCCUGGGUCUCUGCAGAUGGUAUGUCCACCUUUGAAGUUAGUCAUUCUCAGCCUCCUGGGGUGGAUCUGAGAUGAACUGAGGCCCUUGGCAGCUCCCGGCCCCAUCCCAGAAUGAGGUCCCAUCUCUUCUGUGCCAAGGAGGCAGUGAGACAAAGCUCAGAGGUUAGAGGCCCCACCACAGAUACCAUCUGGGUGACCUUAGGCAAGUCUUGAGCCUCAGUUUCCUUAUCCGUAAAAUGGAGAUGAUACCUUCACUGUGAGGUAGGUGAACAUGGACACAAAGCCCUGGUACAGCAAUAUACUUGACACGUAGUAGGUACUUAACAAGCAAUAGCAUUACGUUUAUGAUUCCAGAGGAGUGCAGCUAGCACAGGGAAUGAAGACCCCCCCCCCCCCCUAACCCCAUCCCUAUCAAAGGACAUCUACUUUAGGCAACUCUGACCAGAACAGACUCGUGGCCAAGUGGAGGAAGUGAGAUCUGUUUCUGCUGACCCCUAUCUCUCUCAGAAAAUCUCUCUAUGCAAAAGCCUAAAGAAGUUGUCCCCCUGUCCGUUUUUCUUUUAUGCCUCACAUACUAGUAAGAUAUUUGGCCCUAAAGCUUCUCAAGAUAAUGUCUAAACGUUCAGGCACUACGACGGUAUAUGCUGAGUGGGGUGACUCCGGUCAUGUACCACGUCCUGUACAACUGCUUGGCUGUGCCUCUGUGUGGGCACAUGUGCACGCAUGGGUCCAGAUGUAUUCAGGUGUGAAUGCAUUUUGAGGAGUGUGUAGGAGCUGUCCGUGUGCCCCCUCUCUACCUAGCUGGGGCAGAGGGAGAGGGUCUUCCCUCACUGAAUCCCUUUCCAUCACUGGAACAGCCUUGGUCCUGAGUGGCGCCUGAAGGGUCCAUUGGUUCCUGUGUUAACCAGGGUCGGUAGUGAUACCACUCAGUAACUGGUCCUGACUUCCUGCUCCAUUGCUGUUUCUGGCACCUGGCUUACUUCCUGGCACACAGUAAGCACUCAAUAAAUGUAUGCUGAGAAUGGCUA